AUGAAGAAGGCGUCCGUCAUGGACAUUCCAGACGUGCCCAAGGGGCAGCUUCCUCCACACCUUGAGCUCCAGAGGACGCGUGUCCUCUGUGGUUCGGAUGCUCCUACGCACGUAGGCUUUUUUCCUUCACCCUCACUUUGAUUAGGCCCCUUUCUAAUGUUCAUGUUACUUUAUUUUUCUACUUUUUUCGUCGUUUAUUCCCAUAUCCAUGCUGUUUUUUUUUCCGCGUUGGGUUUUGUCAUGAGAGUUGUAAUCAUUCUUGUGGGCCACCGUCUCUUAUUUGGUUUCAAAUCAGCUGACUCCUGAUAAUAUUCUAUCUUGUCUGAAGUCAGAAGGUAUCCAAUACUCCGGCGCCUAUGCAUCAAUGGGGAUUGAUAACAGCCUGCGAUUGGACGAUUUCUGCAAUAAAUUUAGGGUUGAAAUUAUUCAACUUACGGAGGAUGAGAUGGAGUUUGACAUGAUUGGUAUUGAUGCGUCAGUGGCUAAUGCCUUUCGGAGGAUUUUGAUAGCUGAGGUAUGCUUCUGAUUUCGUGUCUAUACAGCUGUACAGCACACUACGGAGAUUGUGGGUAACUUUGCUCAUUGAAAGCUUCAUAGACCUUGUUUCAUUAAAUUUAUGUUGGCGCCCUCAUGUUCUCGGGAUUGAUAUUUCUUGCAGAUUCCGACAAUGGCUAUUGAAAAGAUUCUCAUGGUCAACAACACAUCGGUGAUAGCAGAUGACGUGCUGUCCCAUAGAAUUGGUCUUAUCCCACUAGACGUUGACCCACGGUUAUUUGAGUACCUCUCAGGUAUUGACCUAUACCCAUUGCUUGGUUCUCAAAUACUAUAUUUUUUAUGUGCUCGAUCAUAUCAAAUCCGUGUCCUUGGUGUAUAGGAAACGAUUCUCCAAAUGAGAGGAAUACAAUAGUUUUCAAGUUGCACGUUUCCUGCAAAAAAUCUGGCCCUCGCAUCACAGGUACAGCACAGUCUCAGUACUACUGAUCUGCCAUCCAUUGUCGUUCUCUCCCAGUUAUUGAGCGAGAAGUAAUUUUACCUGUGAUGCAGUCAAGUCUGAUCAGCUUAAGUGGUUGCCAAAUGGGAGCGAACUUGAAAUGGCAUCACCAAAUCCAUCUGCGAAGCCAAAAAGCUACACUUCGUUUACUUGUAGUCAAGAUUCCUUACCAGAAUUUUCAAAUAAACCUAUCGGCCUUAAGCAUGAAGAUAUCAUCGUUGCUAAGCUCGGGCCUGGCCAGGUAAUCAGCUAAGUCGUCCCUUGAACUUAUUCUAGUGGAUAUCGAAGCAAACAGCUGAGGAAGAUGUCGUUGUUCUUCACACACUAGUGGAUUAAUCCUCUGGUGCAUCUUUUUUAUUUUCUCAUUUGUAGAGGUAACAGCAUCCUGUAUAUAACGUGCUAUUAAAAAAAAAAGUGAAAAUGCUGAGUAUGUUAUCUGUUCCCAAAGACGAUUAACCGCAUUUUUUCUCACUAACUUCCAAGCUCGUCGAUCCGUUUCUCGUUUCAGGAGAUUGAGCUUGAAGCUCAUGCCAUAAAGGGUUUGGGGAAAACUCACGCCAAGUGGUCACCUGUGGCAACGGCAUGGUACAGGAUGCUGCCUGAGGUGACAGACACUGUAUCUUAAUCCCCUCCUCGUUAGAUUCUAGUCCCUGAGUCCACCGCCCAUCUUUUUCCUGAAUGGGAUGAUGCUACACACUUUCCAUAGGUUGUUCUGUUGGAGGAUGUAGAAGGGGAGCUUGCUGAAGAGCUGGUAAAGAAAUGUCCAGUCAAUGUUUUUGAGGAUAUUGAAGAUCUUGCCACAGGUUAAUUUCUUUUCUAGAGCUUGUUCCUUAGCCUCCCAUCACGACAUGCAUUUUGAAAACGGUAAAAGAACUUAGACUGUGAAGCCUUCUGAUGGAUUUUCUUCUCUGCCAACAAAGUUUUCGAGUUGCAUCAGACUCUGAACGACUGGGCAUUUGGCAGAAUAGAAUUCUGCCACCACCGUCAGCUUUACAUUAUCGACUCUCUUUUCCUCACCGCUUAACACUCGUUCAAUUAGUUCGAGUGCAAUUCAUUGGAUGUCACAGGCUUAAUAUUCUCUCUCUCUCUCUAUCUCUCCCCUCUUCGAUCCUCAGUAAGCCGGGGACUUUACAAAUACCGAUCUACAAGAGCCCAUUAAAAAGCAUUCAUCUUUCUUCUUCUUCUUUGAUUGAUAUCAUCUCAUGUUUUGAAUCGUUGUCCCCUGUUGGCCGUCAAGCAGGCAAGAAGAAGGCGGUGGUGGCCAACCCACGGGCGUGCACCUUGUGCCGAGAAUGCAUCCGUGGGGAGGGCUGGGAGGAGCGCGUAGCCGUCCGGCGUGUUAAAGAUCAUUUCAUCUGUAAGUCCCUCCACACAACGCCCUAGAAGAAAAAAACAAAAGAGAUCACCUACGACAAUCCGCCAGAGAGUUUCAUCAAUCUGAUAUGGGCAGGAGAUAAAUUCCCUCAUUUUAUGUUAAGUGAUUAUAUGCUCGUUCCCAUUUACAGUCAAGAUCGAGUCCACCGGAGCCUUGCCACCCGAGGUCCUCUUCUCCGAGGCUGUCAAGGUCCUGGAAGACAAGUGCGACCGGGUGAUCUCCGAGCUCUCCUGA